GCUAAACGCUCACGAGAGUAGUUUAUAGGUAUUUAGACUAAAACCAUUUCGCGGAUCAGGAAAGUUAAGGCCUAGAAAUAGUUUCCUAAAUACUGCUAAUUUCCUAAAUGGCAAACCUCCAUUCCAACGAAGCACUAGUUCUUAACCACCAUAAGCCAUUGCCCACGACGUGUUUGAUAUUUGAGACAUUUCCCUCUCCAUUCAGGCCUGUGUCUACUCCCUAUUAAAGAGAUCUCACUAUGCAAGAGAAGAUGAGAAAACAGACAACAGACGUACUUGGCAUUUUGAGAGCAAAGACGGAAGAGGAGGGGCUUCUGUGGCGGAAGGGGCGGGACUACCUUGGCAGGAAGUCCGGUGUUGACCAUGGCUGUAUUACGGAGGGGUCUAUAACCGGGGUCCUUGCCGAAUCUCGAUCUGCUUUUUCGCCCCCCCUGGUUCUGUUCAAAGCACAGAUCCGCAUACUUGGGGCGAGGCAAGGGUGGUGACUCUCUCCCUGCCGCCAUGCACGACGCUUUCGAGCCGGUACCGAUCCUAGAAAAGCUGCCUCUGCAGAUCGACUGCCUGGCUGCCUGGGAGGAAUGGCUUCUUGUUGGAACCAAGCAAGGACAUCUUCUUCUCUAUAGGAUUCGGAAAGAUGUUGUGCCAGCAGAUAUAGCAUCGCCUGAAAGUGGCAGUUGCAACAGGUUUGAAGUGACACUAGAGAAAUCCAAUAAGAAUUUCUCCAAAAAGAUUCAGCAGAUCCAUGUUGUUUCCCAGUUUAAGAUUCUGGUCAGUCUUUUAGAAAACAACAUUUAUGUCCAUGACCUAUUGACAUUUCAACAAAUCACUACAGUUUCAAAGGCAAAAGGAGCAUCGCUAUUCACAUGUGACCUUCAGCACACAGAUACUGGUGAGGAGGUAUUGCGGAUGUGUGUGGCAGUGAAAAAGAAACUACAGCUUUACUUCUGGAAAGACAGGGAAUUUCAUGAAUUGCAGGGGGACUUCAGUGUACCAGAUGUGCCCAAGUCCAUGGCAUGGUGUGAAAAUUCUAUCUGUGUGGGUUUCAAGAGAGACUACUAUCUGAUAAGGGUGGAUGGAAAAGGGUCCAUCAAAGAACUCUUUCCAACAGGAAAACAGCUGGAGCCCUUAGUCGCACCUCUGGCAGAUGGAAAAGUGGCUGUGGGUCAGGAUGAUCUUACUGUGGUCCUCAAUGAGGAGGGAAUCUGCACACAGAAAUGUGCCCUGAAUUGGACAGACAUACCUGUGGCCAUGGAGCACCAGCCUCCUUAUAUCAUCGCAGUGUUGCCUCGAUAUGUGGAGAUCCGAACUUUUGAACCAAGGCUUCUCGUCCAGAGCAUUGAAUUGCAGAGGCCCCGUUUCAUUACCUCAGGAGGAUCAAACAUUAUCUAUGUGGCCAGCAAUCAUUUUGUUUGGAGACUCAUUCCUGUCCCUAUGGCAACUCAAAUCCAACAGCUUCUCCAGGACAAGCAGUUUGAAUUGGCUCUGCAGCUCGCAGAAAUGAAAGAUGAUUCUGACAGUGAAAAGCAGCAACAAAUCCAUCACAUCAAGAACUUGUAUGCCUUCAACCUCUUCUGCCAGAAACGCUUUGAUGAGUCCAUGCAGGUCUUUGCUAAACUUGGCACAGAUCCCACCCACGUCAUGGGCCUGUACCCGGAUCUGCUGCCCACAGACUACAGGAAGCAAUUGCAGUAUCCUAACCCAUUGCCUGUGUUGUCUGGCGCUGAAUUAGAGAAAGCUCACUUAGCCCUGAUCGACUACCUGACACAGAAACGAAGUCAGUUGGUAAAGAAGCUGAAUGACUCUGAUCAUCAGUCUAGCACCUCCCCACUCAUGGAAGGCACUCCCACCAUCAAAUCCAAGAAGAAGCUGCUGCAAAUCAUUGACACCACCCUGCUCAAGUGCUACCUCCACACAAACGUGGCCCUGGUGGCCCCCUUGCUACGCCUGGAGAACAAUCACUGCCACAUUGAGGAGAGUGAGCAUGUGCUGAAGAAGGCUCACAAGUACAGUGAACUGAUAAUCCUGUAUGAGAAGAAGGGGCUCCAUGAGAAAGCUCUGCAGGUGCUGGUGGACCAGUCCAAGAAAGCAAACUCCCCUCUAAAAGGCCAUGAGAGGACAGUGCAGUAUCUGCAGCACCUGGGCACAGAAAACCUGCAUUUGAUUUUUUCCUACUCAGUGUGGGUGCUGAGAGACUUCCCGGAAGAUGGCCUGAAGAUUUUUACUGAAGAUCUCCCAGAGGUGGAGUCUCUGCCACGAGAUCGAGUGCUUGGCUUCUUAAUAGAGAAUUUUAAGGGUCUGGCUAUUCCAUAUCUGGAACACAUCAUCCAUGUUUGGGAGGAGACAGGCUCUCGAUUCCACAACUGCCUAAUCCAGCUGUACUGUGAGAAGGUGCAAGGUCUGAUGAAGGAGUACCUCCUGUCCUUCCCUGCAGGCAAAACCCCAGUCCCUGCUGGAGAGGAACUGGGUGAGCUGGGAGAAUACCGGCAAAAGCUGCUCAUGUUCUUAGAGAUUUCCAGCUACUAUGAUCCAGGCCGGCUCAUCUGUGAUUUUCCUUUUGAUGGCCUCUUAGAAGAACGAGCCCUCUUGUUGGGGCGCAUGGGAAAACAUGAGCAAGCACUCUUCAUUUAUGUCCACGUCUUGAAGGAUACAAGGAUGGCUGAGGAGUACUGCCACACACACUACGACCAAAACAAAGAUGGCAACAAAGAUGUGUAUCUGUCCCUGCUUCGGAUGUACCUGUCACCCCCCAGCAUUCACUGCCUAGGGCCUAUAAAGCUGGAGCUGCUGGAGCCACAAGCCAACCUCCAGGCUGCCCUGCAGGUCCUUGAGCUACACCAUAGCAAACUGGAUACCACCAAGGCUCUCAACCUUCUGCCAGCAAACACUCAGAUCAAUGACAUACGUAUAUUUCUGGAAAAGGUCUUGGAAGAAAAUGCACAAAAGAAACGGUUCAAUCAAGUACUCAAGAACCUUCUCCAUGCUGAGUUCCUGAGGGUCCAGGAAGAACGGAUUUUACAUCAGCAGGUGAAGUGCAUCAUCACAGAGGAGAAAGUGUGCAUGGUAUGUAAGAAGAAGAUUGGGAACAGUGCAUUUGCAAGAUACCCCAAUGGAGUGGUUGUGCACUACUUCUGUUCCAAAGAAGUAAACCCAGCUGACACCUGAGCCCAGCAUCCCAGGGAUUCAGCAUGGACAGCUCAGCUAUCUCAGAGAGGUGAAGGAGCAGCUGGCCUUAGGAAUCGGGGGCUGCCACCAUUCAGUGUCUCCCCAUUUGGACACUACUGGUUACCUUGCACCCUGGAACAUCUUUGAAUUAGCUAGACUUCUGGUCUGGCAUUACCAGCUUUUUUAUAGAAAAGAGAUUAGUUACACUUGAUACCAUUAUGUUGCGGGCAAUUCCAGAGAAUUAACACCUGCAUGGACAGGAAGAGAUGCACCAUCUUGCCUUGGCAUAUCAAUCACCUGAAUAAGGAGACUUAUUCCAAAUGUUUAUUGUACCCAUGGGGUUAUUUAUUGAGAGUUUUUCUAUUAAGAUAAGUGCACGGCUUCACAAGCACCCCUCAACAAGGCUCCCUGGAGAGUCCUGUGGAAGAAUGAAUACAAGAGCCCCUCCAGCCACAGAGACCAAGCAAUUCAUCUGUGUAAUGCCAGCAAUUUCACCACAGAAGCUGAGCUCUGUGUCCCCUCAGCAGUCUCCUUGCUUGUCUCUUUAAUAUUCAGUUUUCUUUUAUUUUUGCACUAUUUAUUUUCUCCCUUUAUCUCUUCCCUUACUGUGUCACCCAGGCUGGUUCCCACUCUGUGGACACUAGGAAUAGCUAAUAUUUAAAUGUGGUAAAAUGAGAAGCAAGAGGAAGUCUCAGUUUCUAGGAACACACUGAUAAUCAAUUGUCAGUACAUUGUAAAUAGGCCCUCUUUGGCCCUACUAUUAGGCAAACGUUCCCAUAGAGGCUCCUGCCUCACUUACCUCCUGCCUGGACAGGUUGGUUUAGCCUUUGAGAACAGAGAUCUUUAUGCUUUGGACACCUUUCUCCUUUCCAACCAGUUUCUGUCCUCUUACCUUCCACAUGGGCCUGGCCAUUGUUCCUUGGCUUUGUUUUGCAGGGGUUGGAGGAUUGUGUUCUGAUGGAAAGUUGGAUCUCUCCCACACACUAGAAUUAGUCAUAUCAGGAACUGACACUGCUUUGGUGCUGAGUGUUAGUGAGGAUUCAGGAACAGCAGAAUGAUACAGGAGGGUAGGGGCAGGAGCAUAUGGUUUUGUAAGAUAACACCACCAGUUCUAUUGAGUGCUGUGGGGGAUCCUGCCAGAGAGGCCCAAGAUGGAGUUUCUCACAUUGUAGGCUGUGUGGGGCAAGUGGUCUUGCAUCCUAUCCUCACUAGGGUUUUUGUAGAUUUGUAAUCUUGUUGCCCUUGUGUCUUCAAGGAUAGUGAGGAUGGCUGAUGGUACCCAAUGCUGACACUUUCAGUGGCUCAUCCUUGACAUAUAUUGGUCCUUUGCAAACUACAGUACUGUUCUGGGUUGGUCUCUGUGCUAUAGGCCAACUUGUUGAAGAUAAGUAAGCAGACUGGGUUCCUCCCAGAUACUUUCUAUGUGUAGGUGGGAAGGUCUAAGGAUACUGAGCAAGUCCACCCGCACCAUUCACAGACAUGGGGGGCUCUGUUCAGAUCUGAGAACCUGGGCAAUGUUUCAGAAGAGCCUUCUGGAGCAGCAUGUGGAGAAAGAAAAGUCCCUGGCCAUUGCCACUCAUAAGAACCAGUGCUGUGCAUGACCCUGUCUGCACUUCUCUGGCUGUCCUUCCUCCAGAAGCAGCAGAAAAGAGCAGGCCAGCCUCCACUGCAUGGCAGGAACUUUCCCUGCCAGGCAAACCCUGCCUUCUUGGCCUGCUGUGCUUGUACCUUCCAUUCUCAUGAACUGUGUUGGAAGCAAUAGAAUAAAGAGUGUGCAUUUUCUUCCCAUCUGGUAUCCCUAUAUGACCCCAUUUUCCCAAACUCCAGUCUUCCUUCACUGGACUCUCUCUGCCCUCUGCAUAGGUAUGGAGAAGGCUGGAGAUGAAGGUCCUGUAGUGAAGACUGAUGGACAUCUCAUAACUUCUAAUAAACAUAAUCAAGCAAGAA